AUGAAGCAAGGAAUCAAGGAAUGUGGAACAACAAACACACUCUGGAUGAAAGAGGCUGUGUACACAUACCUGCUCAAGGCCCAGCCUUUCAAUUCUGUUGUAUAUACAGUUUACCGAGCAUGUGGCAUCUGCUCUCGGUUGGGCCUGACAGCUAAGGCAAGGAAGAGGGUGGCUGCAAAGACGAAACAAUUGCUGGCGUUGGUCAUUUCUAGUUUCCAACUCAUUGUGACAAGUGGAAAGUACAUGCAGGGGUACAAGCAGACUCUGCAAAUAAUCAGAUACGGCAAAGCGAAACUGGUUGUCCUCGCCAACAGCUGCUUAGCCUUGAGGAAAUCUGAAAUAGAAUACUAUGGCAUGUUGGCUAAAACUGGUGUCCAUCACUACAGUGGCAAUAAUAUUGAUUUGGACACAGCAUGGAGGAAAUACUACAGAGUAUGCAUUCUGACUAGCAUUGAUCCAAGUGAUUGUGAUAUCAUGGGAAGCAUGCCAGAACAGACUGGUGAAAAGCAAAUUAUGUAA